AUGCCUCGCCCAAGAAACACCAUUGCCUCUACCAGAGCCAACCGGAACGAAACGAAUGAUGAUGAUACCAACCGAAACGAGGCGAAUGACAGUACCAACCAAGAGAACCGACGAUCAUCUGUGUUCAUUGAUGGAGACGAUAAUGAAGAACGACAAAUGGUGACAUUGGAGGAGUUCCUCCAGUUUGUCUCUGAAAAGCCUGAGUGGCUGUAUGAGAAGCUCUGUUCAAUCCACCAACGAUAUGAAGAGUGCAUUGACGAACAAGGAGUGCAACGUGCUGAAAGAGAACUCCAAGGCAGGACCAAGGAUGGGGAGAUUGCUCUUCUGGAGCUUUCGCAGAGGUCUUACAUCCAUGGACUUCUAGGAACAGGUUGUCAGGGCUCAGGAUGUUCCCAUUACCGAGGAUGA